UAGCGCUGUGAUCAAAUCGACAAUAAUUUACGAUAGAGUAACGUAGUAAAAUCAAUCAUGGGCCUGAGAAAGAUAUUUACACGGCCAGUUUUUGGUUUAUUUGUGACAUUUGUUCACAUUACAGCCUGUGUUUUAUCGGUGGCCUAUUUGGUGGGGUGCAUCACUCACACCGUUGAUGGCGAUGAGACACACAAAAAAUCCGUCCAGAAUUAUGUUAUAAUUCUGUCUGGUUAUAUCAUCGUUUGUUUCGUACAAGUAACUAUGUGUCUUAUUUUAAUUGUGGGAAUUCUAAGGAAAAAUCACCAUUUAAUGGCCCCCUGGAUUGCCACAACGUUUAUCAGUUUGGUAGCGGUGUUUUUCUACACUCUGGCCAUGGUGUGUUUCAGUUUCCUCAAUGAAUUCUCAACGAAAGAUAAUCCCAAGAAACUCUCCAGAAAAGAACAUUUCGAUCGAAUUAUACCGGGUCUGGGAUAUUUUUUGACUCACGUUUGCCUAUUCUAUCCCAUCUAUGUCCUAUACAAAAGUAUUUUGAUUUUCCGUCUCAAAAAGGAGGGUUUAUAUGAAGAUUCAAUCGAAUCUGAGGGAUGCGAUGAACUGGCCGAUUCUGUAGAAAUUCAUUAGCAUAGAAUAUGGAAUAUUGUAUUGAAUGUGAUAUUGUUAUAGAUGAAUAUAUAUAUAUAUAUAUAUAUAGACUGUUUAAAAAUCUACUAAAACCCACUCGACGCGGAGACAUGUGCCUUCGAUUUUUAUAACCGACACCACUGAGUGUUUUGUCUUUGAGCUUUUGUUUGUAAUAUGCCAAAUGAAUAAAGAUUGUUCCUUCUGAUGAUCUUCGUAAAAUCACAUUCUGAAUCGUUCUAUGCAUGUCUGUCCGUCUCUCUGCCCAUUUUGUUUUUGUGAACAAAACACAGGUCGCAGUUAUUGCGAUUUCACAUUUAAGUCCUCUAUAUGCGAAAUGUUCCUUUCAAAACAAUGAUAUUUGGUACAAGAGAAAUAUCUUUGACUUUUUUUUGGAUAUAGCUCCCAUAUACAUAUGGGGGAUACAAGAUAUUGUGGACCGAUAUAGCCCAGAUCUGUGCAAAAUUUUAGCUUCCUAUCUUAAUUCGUUUUGACUGUAGCGUGAUUACAACAGACGGGUGGACGGACAGGGCUAAAUCGUCCUAGAAUUUUACGCUGAUAUAUAUACUUCGUUGGGUCUAGUAUUAUUAUUUCGAUGAGUUACAAACGCAAUGACGAACUUAAUAUACCCUCCAUACUAUGUGUGUUGGAGAGUAUUAAAAAAUGACCGAAAAAGCAUCAUGGGGCUCAUUUCCAAAUGUGGACCUAAUUCUUUCAAAUGACAGUAAUCCGUCCAAUGGAACUUAAAAUGCAAAAUACAUUGGAACAGCAAUCACUGAAAUGCAAAUCGGAACCGAUCUCUAUAAAAUUUGGCAAAUAUAUUUCUGAGCUGUAUUUGAUAUAUUUACCUGAAUAUCGUUGUUAUGGAGUGCAUAUUACGGCUGUGGUAACAAAUAUGACAAAUCGGAUGAACAGUAUAUAUGGGAGCUAUAGCUAUAUUUGAACCGAUCUUCACCAAAUUCGACAUACUAGCUUAGGUCGUAAGUGCGAAAUUCCAUCCCAUUUGGACAAAUAUUAGACGUUUGGUGCACAGUCAAAGAUAAAUUGGACGAAGUUAUAUAUGAGAGCUAUAUCCAAAUCUGAACCGAUCUCGAUAAAAUUUAGCAAAUGUAUUUCUGAGCUGUAUUUGAUAUAUUUCCCAAAAUAAUGUUGUUACAGAGUACAUAUUACGGCUGCGGAGGACAAAAAUAACAAAUCGGAUGAACAAUAUAUAUGGGAGCUAUAGCUAUAUCUGAACCGAUAUAUUCAGACUGAUAUUACACGUUUGGUGCACAAUAAAAGGCAAAUCGGACGAAGAUAUAUAUGGGAGCUAUAUCUAAAUUUUGACCAAUUAUCUCCAAUUUCAAUUGGGUUCGUCCUUAGGCCAAAAAAAUGAUUUGUGCAAAAUUUCAUCUGGAUAGGGCAAUAAAUGCGAACUGUACUUUGUUUACAAAAAUACAUGGACAGAGGGACGGACAGACGGACAUGCAUAAAUCGACUCAGAAUGUGAUUCUAUGCAGAUCAUUAAACGGAACUAUGGGUCUAUCUCGUUUCCUUUUGCCUGUUACAAACAAAUGCACAAAGACAUAAUACCCUGACCACCUUGUGGUGUAGGGUAUAAA